CCCCGCGGAGCAGGACGUUGUGCCAGAGCCGCGACUGACCGGUCAGAGGGAACAGGUCCUACUCGGGAGAGUGCGAUGCUGGGAAAGAAGCGAGCGGCACAGGCGGCGGCACAGUGGCUGCUGCUGCUGUUGCUGAUGCUGGGGGCGUCGGCGGCGCGCGGCAGGAAGGAAGACCGGCCCACCGACGAGGAGGUGGCCAACCUGCGCAGGAACAUGACGGACAACAGCCUGCUGCUGUUCCCGGGAGGCGACCUGCCGCCACUGCUCUGCGAGAUGACCAAGGACAGCAGCGAGCGCCUCAGCCACCCGGCCGACUUCUACGCGCUCGCCAGGGUCGGCUUCAUCAUGUACUGCAACUUCCUGGCCGACGAGGCGGACACCUCGCGCCUGGUGCGCGUCAACGAGAUCAAGCUGGACAAGGUGUUCGGCUGGAGCGACGACGACGGCCACUUCGGCAACUACCAGCCGAAGCGCGACCUCAACUCGGCGGCGUGCACGCUCGACUCGCAGAUGCCGGCCGGCUUCUUCGACUUCCUGGCGCUGCGGCCGCACCAGCAGGACACGCUGCGCUGCUACGGCAACCCGGCGGGCGAGACGGCGCUGCUGUGGUUCCGCGGCUUCCCCACCGUGCUCUGCACCAUGGACGCCGAGCUGGAGCUGCGCGGCGCCUACGCCUUCACGCUGCCCGGCAUCGCGGGCGAGCCGUUCCGGUGCGCGUUCGCGCCCUACACGGCGGUGCCCAUGGCCGAGGAGCUCGCGUCGCAGGAGCGGCUGCACCGCUCGCUGACCGAGCGCUACGUGCCGCGGGGGGCCACCAAGUUCCCGCGCUACAACUGCACCGAGGGCGGCGGCGCCGAAGGCGACGGCGCCGGCGAGGGCGACCCCAGCGGAGCGGCCGCGUCCGGCAGCCCGCACUUCCGGGCGCAGUCUCCCUCGGGAGUCCUCUACAAGUGCACUUUCCUCCUCUAAGGAGGAUCCAUUCCAGGCCAGAGCGGGCGGUAUCACUAUGCGGCCAUGGAAAUCUCCGAGUCAGGGAUAUCUUCGGAGGUGUUUGGGUUGAAUAGGAAAUACUUCACGGAAUC